AUGGGGCUAAAAGAUACCAAUACUCAAGUACCAAAAGUAUCAAAGCAGUUCACAGGUAUAGGGGUAUCUAAUGGGCUGUCAGUAUCAAUAAACAUAAACGCUUCAGACUAUUUCUACACUUCAUUAUCCGCAAAAGGAUGUAUGCUUAAAAUCUUUUUGCCAGGAGAUUUUCCUGAUUUAAUUAGUGGAUCUUUAAGACAAAUUAUUGUACAAGAAAACUCAGAAGUAUUUUUAAAAGUUGAACCAAAUGUAUUGCAGACUUAUGGUCAAGUAAGAAGCUUGAAAAAGAAACAGAGAAAAUGCAAGUUUUCUGAUGAGGAGAAAACCGCUUUUGGACUGUAUACUUCAAGUAAUUGCUUUGUUACAUGUAAACUUACUAGCAUGCAUUUUCUUUGCAAUUGCAUUCCAGUUGUUUUGCCGAUCGCCGAAUUUAAAAUAGAGAAAGAGGAUGUCAUGUUUUGUAACCUUGUGGAUAUACCAUGCCUAAAUAGAUAUCAAGGUAAAUGGUUAAGGUACUACCCCCAAGAAGGAGCUGACCUUAACGAACUAAGCCUCGACCGAGAAGACUCACUUUCAUGUAGCCAUUGCUAUCCUAAUUGCGACGAUGUUACUUACAGUAUAGAUACAAAUUAUUUUGAGUUUUUUUCGAAUAACCCUCAAUACCCGAAUCAAUCCAGAAUUCACGUAUUUUCAAAUAAGGCUUACAGCAAUUUGUACAAGAAAUUUGUGACCGUAACAUGGUAUGAGGCUUUAAGUACCUUUGGAGGAAUUGUGUCAAUCUUACUGGGAGUUAGCAUUAUUAAUUUUGUGGAGAUUGGUAUUUUAGUCGUAAAAUUAUUUAUAAAUAAUUGUAAAAUUAAAAAAUAAAUGUUCUU